AUGUCUGUGAGCAAAAUAGACACAGUGGACAAUUUCGUUAAUUUUAUCGGUUAUCCACAGUUAACAGUAGUACAUUUUUCCACUGAUUGGGCAGAGCAGUGCCCUCAAAUUACAACAGUACUUGAAGAACUUGCAGCACUUCCUGAAAUUAAAUCCAGCAAUACUAAAUUUGGUGUUUGUAACGCUGAAACUCUUUCUGAAAUCUCUCUGAAAUAUAAGGUUGAUUCAGUUCCAACUGUAGUGUUUUUUAAAAAUGGAGCACAAGUAGACAGAGUAGAUGGAGCUGAUGUGUCACAGAUUACGUCUAAAGUAAAAUCUCUUAGUUUUGGCAAAUCUACUCCAACAACCAUAACCCCUAAACAGCCACUAGAGGAAAGACUAAAAGCACUCAUUAACAAACAUACUGUCAUGAUUUUUAUGAAGGGUAACAGAGAUGCUCCAAGAUGUGGAUUUAGUAGGACACUUAUACAGAUAAUAAAUGAAACUGGAGUACAAUAUGACACCUUUGAUAUAUUAACUGAUGAAGAAGUAAGACAAGGUCUCAAAGAGUACUCUGACUGGCCAACGUACCCACAACUUUAUGUAAAAGGAGAACUUAUUGGAGGAUUAGAUAUAAUUAAAGAAUUGAAAGCUAAUGGUGAACUAGAGUCAACACUGAAAGCAUAA